GAUGUAAAAUGUUGCAUGUCAUACUUUUUUAAUCCAACAGUAUACUAUUCUAUCUUUUGUAGAUUUCCAUGGUAUGACCUUGAGGAAGAUAAAGAGACCGGAACUGUUCUUUUCAGACAUGAUAGUGACACAACCUUUACUCCCGAGGAAAUUCUGGGCAUGAUACUGAAUCAUUCUAGAAACAUAGCCGAAAAAUUUGCUGAUCAUCCUAUGAAAGAUGUGGUCCUCACGGUCCCCUCCUUUUUCAAUCAAGCUGAACGGCGAUCUGUAAUAAGAGCUGCAAAGCUUGUUGGGUUGAAUGUACUGCAGCUGAUGAAUGAGAACACAGCAGUUGCCCUUCAUUAUGGUGUGUUUCGGCGUGCAUCUUUCAACAACACUGAGAAAUUUAUCAUGUUUUAUGACAUGGGAGCGACAAGCACAGUUGCUACAAUUGUUGGUUAUAGUACAGUGAAAACCAAAGACAGGGGGAUAACCGAAACAGCACCUCAACUGGUCGUUAAGGGGGUUGGGUUUGAUCGUACACUGGGAGGUCACGCCAUGGAAAUUCUAAUGAGGGAUCAUCUUGUUAAACUAUUUAAGGAGAAAAACAAACCCCAGGGCGAUGUGACUCAGUCUCCACGGGCCAUGGCAAAAUUUCUCAAAGAAGCUGCCCGGGUUAAACAAGUGUUGAGUGCUAACUCUGAAAUUUUUGCACAGAUCGAGGGUGCAUUUGAAGAAAAGGACUUCCGUGCAAAGGUUACACGUGAGGAAUUUGAACAGAUGUGUGCUGAUUUACUGAACAGAGUUCCAGGCCCAGUGGAACAGGCUCUGAAAUCAUCAGCAAUUCCACUGGAUGAAAUCGAAAGUGUUAUUCUUGUGGGCGGAGGAACACGUGUGCCAAAGGUGCAGGAAAUACUUCUGAAAGCUGUUAAGAAGUCUGAACUUGGAAAGAAUGUCAACACUGACGAAGCUGCUGCAUUGGGCGCUGUAUAUCAAGCUGCAAAUCUGGGAAAGGGAUUCAAAGUGAAGAAAUUUUUGGUGAAGGAUGCAAAUGUUUACCCAAUACAGGUGUCUUUUGACCGUAUUAACAAGGCUGAGGAUGGAACCGAGAGUGUGAAACACGUGAAGCGUAUGUUGUAUCACCGAAUGAAUGUGGUGCCACAGAAGAAGGUGAUGACGUUCAACAGGCACAUGGGUGACUUUGAAUUCCAUGCUAGUUACACUGAGCUGGAGUUCUUAAAUGAAGAGGAGAAAAGUAUGCUUGGAUCAGUGAAUUUGACGUCAGUGAGCGUGAAGGGCGUGGCUGCUGCAUUGGAAAAGCACACCCCCAAAGGAGAAUCUAAGGGUAUCAAGGCCUUCUUCAGGAUGGACGAAAACGGAAUAUUAAACCUCGAGAAGGUGGAGUCUGUGUUUGAAAAGCCUGACGAAAAACCUGAAGAAGAGCAGUCAACAUUUGCAAAAAUCGGAAGCAAAAUUUCAAGCUUCUUUGGAAGCUCAAAAGAAGACGAAAAUAAAGAUAGCAAAGUAGAGGAAGGUGAUAAGUCAGAGGAACAAGAAAGUGAAAAAAUGGACAAAGAAAAAUCCGAACAGGAAGACCCAAAGGCUAAAGAAGGUGAAAAGACCGAGGAGAAGCCGGCAGGGAAAGCAGACGAGGAAAAACAACAGGCAGAGGGAGAAAAGAAGGAAGAAGAAAAGGAGAAAAAAGAGGAAAAAGAUGAAAAGGAACAAGAAGAGGAAGACAAGCAAGCUAAUGAGAAAGAAAAAGAGAAGGAAGAGAAAAAAGAGAAAGAAGGCGAGAAAAACGAAUCAGCUGACGACAAAAAGGAAGAGAAGGCUAGCAAUAAAACAGAAGAAGCUACCAAAGAGAAAACAGAAGAGAAAAAACCAAGCAAGCCAGUGACUGUUCGUGAACCGCUUGAGAUGACGGUCCAAUGGCAGGAUAUUGCCGACACUACAGAGGACGCCAUGUCCACAUCUGUUAAGAAACUUAAGGACUUGCAAGCACGAGAUGACGCUAAGGUCGCCAAUGAACGAGCCAAGAACUUGCUCGAGACACACAUAUAUGACAUGCGUGAAAAACUGUUCAGUGACGAAGGAGUGUUAUUGUCCACAGAGGAAGAAAGAGAGAAGAUUAACCAGGCUCUCGGUGAAGCCUCGGAUUGGCUGGACGACGAGGGCUGGGACUCAACUGCUGACGUGUACGAUGGUAGACUGCAACAGCUGAAGAAACAGUCAUUAGAUUUACGGGUUCGCCUGCGAGAACACAAGGAGAGACCGAAGGCACUCGAGAUGUUGAGGAACAGUUUAAACUUGUCCAGAACAUUCCUGGUUCAAAUUAACAACAUCACAGACAAAGAUGAGAUCUACACAGCGAAGGACUUGGAAGAACUCGGUAAAAUUAUCAACGACACCACGGAAUGGAUAGAUAAGAACGAAAAGAAACAGAACGAAGCUAAGCCGAGUGAAAAUCCUGUUUUGCUCGUGAAGGACAUCGAGUCUAAACAAGGCAAACUUGACCGAGAGUUGGUGUAUCUUUUGAACAAGGCCAAGUAUUACGUGCCGAAACCAAAGGUCAAUGAAACAGCUUCAAACACAACAAAACCCAAAACGGACGCCAAGAAAGAAAAACAAGGAAAGGAAAGUAAGACAGAAGGCAAGAAUGGAGAUAAACCACAAGGAGAAAAAGCAAAGGAAGAAUCAAAACCCAAAGAUGGCGAAAAGAAGCAGACAGAAAAAUCAGAAAAACCCAAAGAACCAAAAGAGAAACAGGACAAAGACGAUAAAAAAGACUCUGAUACCGAAGAGCCAUUACCUUUACCAAGUGCAGAGGAGGCCUCUUCUAACGAGCCCGCAGGCAGUUCUAGUUCAUCAGUGGAUAGUUCAAAAGAACGUGAACAUUCGUCGGAUAGUAGUUCGAAAAAACAGGCUAAUGACGAAUUAUGAUAGAUUAUUCUAUAUUGAUUUAACAACCACUAGUUUGUAACAUAUUUUGCAAGUUUUAACAAUUUGAAGGAAUAACUUAUUGGAAAGUGUUAUGAAAUCCAUUGCUCCCAAUCGGUUGAUUCGUAAACUUCAAUUGACCAGAAGAUAUAAGACUCCAUUUUGAAGGCUUGUGCCCUCUUGGUUUUACUUCCACGCCGGGAAGCACAACACUCGAAAUUUCUGCUUGUCAACCUACUUCUAGUCUGUGUUUCCCACACAUGCAAGCACUGUAGUAACAAGCACAAGAAUUUAUUCCAAAUUUACAAAAAUAUAUUUACGAGCAUUUCUUCACGCUUUUAUUGAAUCAAUCUGCAAAUUGCCAUUGAUUGAGGGUGAUAACUUUCGAGUGUCGUCGUAAGUGCUCGUGAGUAGUCGGUAGGAAUCGGAAUCGACCGAAGUAUAUUUAUUACUCCUGUUCAUUGGAAGAAGGCGACGAGUGACAAAGAAUACUGGCGCGUAAAAAAAUCAAAAAAGAGGAAAUAAAUAGCAGUACAUACAGAAAAAUGAGUGAGAAAGCCAAGCGAUGCAAAAUAAGGAGAUGGGAAAAAACUUCUCUUAAUUUUAGACAAAUCUGAAACUCGGUCCGCUGUAUGUGGAGUUCUAUUAAAGAUACUUCUUUUCAAAUGCAGCUUUCCUUCAUUUCAUGUGCAUAUAGUGUAGGGUGAAUCGACCCACGAGGAACAUUGAAAUUCGAGCAUAAAUGUAAAAAAUUGUUUUACAAUAGGUUGGUUAAAUGACCGAUUGCUUUGAAACAAUUUCGGUCGUUGGAUCGUAAACGCUUUGGGGUAAUUUCGCUGAUACAGAGCUGAUUAGAGGGUAGUAGAAAGGUAGUUUUUUGCUUGCAAGUUCAGAAAAGCAGGGAGUGGGUGGCGGAGUGACAGAAUGUGGGAGGAGACGGGUCAGUAAGUGAAAGGCCGAGGGAGAUGAAGGUUGGGAAUGUGUGGAAAUAAUUCCGGCUGGCGUGAUUCAACCCAAGAAGAGAUUCUCUCAAGAAGAGCUGCAUAGUAUCAUGAUAUCAAAGAGGAAGAGCUUUUUUCUGUAACUGUCUCUAUUUGCAAUAAUUUUAAAAGAGA